AUGGAUGAAGAACAGACAAGGCAGCUGCUCUCUCCGACACCAGAACAUCUUGCCUCUGUCAGAGUCUUUCCACUAAUCCCCGGUAUCAAAAAGGAUGUCGUCAAAAAUAUCGAUACUGCCUUGAGCUGGGAUCAACUCACAGCCUCCGACAUCAACUUCGCCAUUGUGAGACCUCUGGUAUUCAAGUAUGCGAAACCAGACAAUAUGGCGGUCGUGUACGCGUGUUUUGUGGUGCGCUCUCACUUCUUGUCCGAAGCUGCAGAGAAUAUCGCCUACUCCGGCGUAAUGCACUCCAGGGCGAGCCUCUGCGAGAUCCUGGCCAUGAAACUCUUGGGAACAUUUGCGUCGAAUCGAUUGCGUCUAGUUGCUGUUCUCACAGCAGGCUGGAGCCCCCUUGCCGGCGCCCCACCAGAUAUCAUUAACGAGGUCCGAGAGAUCGUUGGUGACGACGAGACGUUUGACCCACAAUGCGCCCUUGAGAUGGCUAUUGCGACAGGUGCAAAAGCGUUCUUAUCCUCCCCCGUCGUUCAAACCGUAGUGAAUGACCUCUACGCGGGACGGGUUGUGUUCUCGAUGCGCUCAAGUCAUUCUGUCCUCGCGGAUAACUACAAGCCUCGCGCCAUUGAGGUGUAUGACUGCCGGAAAGCUCCCUUCCUCGAUCACUACAGACUGCGAGUGCCAAAAUACGGAGCCAUCCUGGAUUUCAUCAACUUUGCACUGCUGUUAACUUCUUUCCUACUGUGUCUAUCCAGCAGAAACUUGAAUAAGAUGAACCCUUUUGAGAUCAUAUUCGUGAUUUUUGCCACCGCGUUCACACUGGCAGAGUACACCUCAUCGAAGGAACAUGGCUGGGGUAUCUACAUAGCGAAUAUGUGGAAUGUUUUUGAUACAUCCUUCAUCAUCAUCUUUUUCACGUACCUUGCGCUGAGGAUCAAAGGUCUCAUUUGUCACGACCUUAAUUCUUCAGAUCUUGCAUUUGACAUACUGGCAUGCGGCGCAUGCAUUUUAUUUCCGCGGCUUGCCUUCUUCGCAGUAUCGAACAACGUCGUCGUACUUGCACUGCGAGCCAUGAUAGCCGAUUUCGUGUUCUUUAUUGGAAUCGCUGCGAUUUGCUUCUCUGGCCUCCUUUUCACCCUUCAUAGCUUAGCCUCCGGGACAUGGACUGUCAAGAAGAUCGCUUGGCUUAUGGUUCAGAUCUGGUUUGGAAACACCUACCUCAGCUUUGCGCAGGCAGAGAGUUUCCACCCGUUCUUCGGUCCCAUCCUCAUGACCGGUUUCGCGGCGCUGUCAAACACGCUGUUACUAACCAUUCUCAUUUCCAUAUUGUCAAAUACUUUCGCCAGGAUAGAUACCAAUGCCAAACAAGAGUAUCUGUUCCAAUAUGCGCUCUCUACCAUUGAGGGCGUCAAGUCGGAUGCGCUCUUCAGUUACCAACCGCCGUUUAACCUCCUUGCCUUCAUCAUUCUCCGGCCUCUGAGCUUUGUGCUCUCUCCCCGUGCCUUGCAUUCGGCGAACGUGUUCUUGAUAAAGUUGACUUCUUUCCCUACUCUGAUUGUCAUCGGAGUGUACGAACGAUUUCUGGCAGAAGGGCAGAAAUGGAGAGAGAGCCGGACCGACGCGGUGCACAAUCUCUACGCUAAUCUCACACGGAGGAUGAAGAACAUACCUCUUCUGGACCUGCUUGGGAGCAGCUCGACAGAAAUUUACGACGCCAUUUUCGACGUGGAUUUGCCGCAGGACGAUGUCGACGACCUGUUCGAAGAGCGUGACGACGACGUUGCGACCCCCUUACUCUCCUUCCCCUCGCGCGAGAGUCUGCAUGUGCCAAACUCGUCGCCGCCGCCCUCCAGCAGGCAGGAGCCACUACGCAGGCGACACGCGAGCCUGCCACACGAGCAGAUAAACAGGGGCGGAAGCAGACAUGGCGCACCUUCCCCGAGCCUCUCGCCUCGCCCGAGGAAGGCGACGCUCCCGGGACCGCUAUUGACGUCCACUUCGGGGGAGAUCCAAACUGGCGGGCCACGGAGUCCGCUAAGCAGAUUGUACCUGGGUGCACGGGAUACGGAGCGAGUGACAUCUCCGUCGUCCGUCGCGGAGGCGAGCAUAAAGAAGGUGGAAGCGCUGCUCGAUGACGUCCGCCAUCUGCCCGUUAACCGGCUGAAGGACGAAAUGAAGGAACUACAGGAUCGGCAGGCCCGCAUCGAGAACCUGCUGUUGAUGCUCACGAGAGGAAUGCGCAACGACACCGGGCAGCAUUCAACCAUCAGACAGGAGACGAUGUAA